CCAAUCAUUAGUUGCCUUUGGGUUUCGCUGACGAACGGUUGUUUUUUCUUUUGGUGGCGUUGAAAGAAAAACAACACCUGUGUUCCUUCUUUUUCUGUAAAAUUCUCUGUCUCCGUUCGUUUGUGUUUUUACUAUUAUUAUUAUUGUUUUGUGUGCGUGGAAAUUUAUACGUAUUUUCUUGGUUGAAAAAAAAAAAAGACGCGUAACGCAUUCGGUGUAACAUUAAGGCAUUUGCGAAAGUCUGUUUACCUUUUUUUGGUUCUUUUUUUAAAUUGGGCCCCAACCAAAUUUAUUUGGCCCAAAAAAGGCGUACAUUCUGGAGAAAAAGAAACAAAUAUUCACCAACAAAGAAAUUAAACGGCAACGAUAAGUUUUUUCUGCUUUACCUUAUGGUUUUGUACCGAAACAAAACAAACAAACUUCACUCACAUUGAGUGAAAUUGCAUGUCAAAAAUAAAAAACGGAAACUGUAAAUAAAUUCUACAGUGGAAAAGUUUUACCAAAAUCAACCUCAAUAUCCCCGUUUUUUUUCUUUGGCCAAAAGUCUUCCUGGAAUCCAAUCCCCCUCAAAUAAGGGAAAAAUAACUGCCUACCUGCCUGCCCGCCCGCCUGCCAACAACCAAGCAUAUCCUGUAGUUUAAGAAACAAUAUCCCAGGUUGUUUUUUUUUUUGGUUCUCUUCUCCUCUUCUUCUACAACAAAAAUUAAAAUCAAAAUAACAAUAAGAACAUAGUACCAACAACCAACAUGGCUUCCAAUGAUCCAGCGAAUAACAUAGAACUGGGCAAGGUGCCAGCUCCAGCAGAAGGAGCCCAACCAGAGAACCUUGUCCCAUCGCCACAAAAAUUACGAAAACGUCGUAUAAUUAUCGUGUGCGGCAUUCUUAUUGCGAUUCUAGUGGCUAUUGGCAUCUAUUUUAUUGUGACAGCAGGCAGUGAUGACUCGACAAAUGGCGACGGCAAUGGUGGCAAUGGUGGCAAUGGUGGUGGUUCCGGCUCAUCCAAUGGCAUCCAUUUGGAGGAUAUAUUACAGGGUAAGCUGUUGUCGCGUUCCUUCAAUGGCAGCUGGUCGAAUGGACCCAAUGUGAUCUACAAGGAAAAUCAUAAUUUUCAAAAUUUGCAGGCCAUUGUGGAGCUGAAUGUCAAGACGAAAAUGAAAACCACGCUGAUGAUGGAUGAGGCUCAACAAUAUGUGCUCUUUGAGAAAUCAGCCGAUGGCACUCUCCUGCUUCUGGCCAAGAACUACAAGAAGAACUUCCGCCACAGUUACGAGGCCGAAUACGAUAUCUACAACAUUUCCAGCGGACAAAUUCAACCGUUGCUCAUCCAGAACCAAGUCCAUCCCCUGAUUUUGGUCCAAUGGGCCCCGGUGGGUAAUGCCCUCGUCAUUAACUUCCAACGCAACCUCUACUACAAGCCAACCGCCUUCGCCCAAGAAAUCGCCCUCACCGACGAUACGAAUUUGGCCAUUCUGAACGGUAUACCCGACUGGGUGUACGAAGAGGAGGUAUUCGCCUCGAAUUCGGCCGUCUGGUUCAGUCCCGACGGCAGCCAACUGGCCUUCAUCCAAUUCGACGAUAGUCCAACGCCUGUCAUUAACUUCCCCAUCUAUGGCGAAGCUGGUGAUAUCCGUUUCCAAUAUCCCUACAAUCGUUUGGUGGCCUACCCGAAGUCCGGCUCACCAAAUCCCCGCGUCAAACUGUUUACAUCGGAUUUAGCAAGAGCUGCUGGUGGUAAUACAGACCACUUGACUGAGAUCCCACGGCCCAGUGCUCUGAACACAGAAAGUGAUUAUAUUAUCACCGUAGUUGAUUGGCUAAAUAACACGAAUGUGCUGUCGGUGUGGAUGAAUCGGAUACAGAAUUCGGCCCAUUUGCAGAUAUUCAAUGGGCUGAGGAGGCAGGAGAUCUUCAGUUUGGAAUCGAAAACCGGUUGGGUCGACUUCUUUGCCGCCCCCUUCAAAAAUCGUGAUGGUUCUCGCAUUGCCCUAAUCUUGCCUCAGACCCAGGUUGAUGGCGGUGACUAUCGUCAUUUGUGUCUGCUGGCCACCUCGUCGGGCAGCAACAAACCCGAGGCCAUAACCAAGGGUAAAUAUGUUGUCACCUCCAUUCUGCAUUGGGACAGCGGGAGCGAUGUGAUCUUUUAUACCGCCAAUACUGAACAAAAUCCGGAAUAUUUACACGUCUAUGCCAUUAGGGCGGCCACGGGACAAACGGCCAAAUGUUUGACCUGUAAAUUACAUACAUCGAAUGGUGUGGAACAGACCUAUUACAGUGCCGAUUUUAAUACUGCCAAUCAGGUGGUAAUCACCUCUAUGGGACCAAGCAUACCCAUUACCUCAGUCUAUGAAUGGAGUUAUUCGGGAAAUCAAGUUUCUUUGAGCAAAUUAAUGGAUUGGGAACACAAUGAUAAUCUACGCCACAAACUGGAGGGUACGGCCAUGCCCACAAUCGAAAUUGAGACGGUACAAAUGUCAAAUGGUUUCUCGGCCAAGGUUUUGAUGCAGCUACCUCCCAAUCUGGAUCGCAGUGGCAAAACCAAAUAUCCCAUGUUGGUCGAUGUGUAUGGUGGCCCAGAUUCCUAUUCGGUUGUGAACAAAUGGAUCCUGGAUUGGGGCACCUAUCUUUCCUCAAAUCAAUCUGUGAUUUAUGUCAAAAUUGAUGGACGUGGCUCGGGACUGAGAGGAGAAAAACUGUUGCACUCGGUUUACCUUAAAUUGGGUACCGUGGAAAUUGCCGAUCAAAUUGAAGUGGCCCAGUAUUUACAAAAAAAACAUCGCUUCAUUGAUGCCGAACACUCUGGCAUUUGGGGUUGGAGUUAUGGUGGCUAUGCGGCUGCUAUGGCCUUGGCCAAUGAUAAAAACAAUGUCUUCCGUUGUGCUGCCUCAAUUGCCCCCGUCACCGAUUGGGCCUACUAUGAUUCAAUUUACACCGAACGUUACAUGAGCCUGCCCACACUCAACGAAAUCGGCUAUGCCAGUUCCCGCCUCAGCACCAAGGCCACAAAUUUGAAGGGCAAGAAAUUCCUGCUGGUCCAUGGCACCCUGGAUGAUAAUGUCCAUUAUCAGCAGGCCAUGAUAUUGGCCAAGAAUUUGGAGAGACAUGAUAUUCUGUUUAAGCAAAUUAGCUAUCCCGAUGAAGAUCAUGCUUUAGCCGGUGUUAGACCUCAUUUAUAUCAUUCAUUGGAUCGUUUCUUUGGCGAAUGUUUCGCCCAAAAGCGUAUGGUCUAUCGAAAAUAGACAAAUUCCAAAGCGGAUAAUCAAUUUUGCCAUUUAUAAAAAAAAACAAAAA